AUAAAAACGUAGAAAUAAGGAACGGGAUAAGCUGUCCUCCGCCUUCCACCACAGAAUUCGGCCCCACCAAAUGGAUAGCAUACAACUAACGAAAUCCACAUUAGAUACUGUCCCUCCCGUUUCCGUUAUCCUAAAUGCCGCCGUGUCUCUGCCUUCCGGCCACUUACUCUCUCCCUUCCCCAACUCUUGUCCUCUCCACGCGCCACCGCUUCCGACUCCUAAAACCGCCGUAUGCUUCCUCAAAGAUAUCCCUGGACUCAACCUCUCAGCAUAAUACCACCGGAGUCAUUGUCAUCGGCGGCGGCUUAGCUGGCUUAGCAGCUGCCAUUCGGCUUCAAGCCGACAACAUCCCAUUUCUCCUUCUCGAAGCUUCUGAUGCCGUUGGUGGUCGCGUUCGCUCCGAUGUUGUUGACGGAUUUAUCCUUGAUCGUGGUUUCCAAAUUUUCAUUACUGGUUACCCUGAAGCGCCAAAAAUCCUUGAUUAUGACUCUUUAGACCUCAGAAAAUUCUAUUCUGGGGCUCAGGUUUACUAUGGUGGUUGUUUCCACACCGUUGCUGAUCCUCUCCGGCAUUUCUCCGAUGCUCUGCAAUCUUUAACUAACCCAAUUGGUACAGUUGUAGAUAAAUUACUUAUCGGAUUGACUAGAUUGAAAGUUUUGACGCAAGGAGAUGAUGAAAUAUUGAGUGCUGAAGAAGUUCCUACGAUUGAUUUAUUGAAAAAGAUCGGUUUUUCUGAUGCAAUAUUGGAAAGGUUCUUUCGACCCUUUUUUGGCGGAAUUUUCUUCGAUAGAGAGCUUGAAACGACGUCGCGGCUGUUCAAUUUCAUCUUCAAAUGCCUAGCUCUUGGUGACAACACACUUCCGGCGAAGGGCAUUGCUGCCAUUCCGGAACAAUUGGCGGCGAAAUUGCCUUCGGAUUCAAUAUUGUUCAAUUCACGAGUUGUUUCCAUUGAUUCGGAAUCGGAUUCAAGCUCGAGAAUAAGAGUGAAAUUACAAAAUGGAGAAAUGUUGGAAAGUGAAUUUGGGGUAAUAUUGGCGGUUGAAGAGCCUGAAGCAGUUAAGUUACUGGCGGGAGGAAAAACCGCUGAGGUUCGGCAACCGGUUCGGAGCACAGUUUGUUUGUAUUUUUCAGCUGACCAAAACAAAGUUCCGGUGCAGGACCCGGUUCUUCUUCUUAACGGUUCGGGUAAAGGAAUCGUCAAUAACAUGUUCUUCGCUACCAAUGUUGCUCCCUCUUAUGCUCCGGCGGGGAAGGCACUUGUUUCUGUCACUCUUGUGGGGCUUUAUGGUGACGUGGCAGAUGAGGAGUUGGUGGGUCGGGUCGUAAAGGAGCUAUCGGGUUGGUUUGGGGAGUCUAUAGUUGGGUCGUGGAGCUACUUGAGGAUGUAUAGGAUCGGGUUUGCCCAACCAAAUCAAUGCCCACCCACUAACUUGAAGAGGAACCCGAAAAUAAAACCGGGCUUGUACAUUUGUGGAGAUCAUGUGACUAGUGCUACUUUUGAUGGAGCUUUGGUUUCUGGGAAAAAAGCAGCAGAAACUUUGUUACAAGAUAGAGCUCUGGUUAAUGUAUAGCUUGAUUUUGGUUGAGUUUUUUUUUCCAGUUGUGUAAAAGUAGAAGUUUUGGGUGUUCUUGAUUUAUUUGUAUAUGCAACAAUUGUGUAUUAAAUUGUACUAUCAAGAAAGAAGACAAUAUGGUAUGACUUGUUCUGUUGUUCCUAUAUACUUUCAGGUUUGACUCGUCAUAUUGAGCUCCUUUUAAUGCCAAGCUUUUAGUUAGAUGUCAAUCUUUUUAUGAAAAAGAACUUGCACACAACUGGAAAAAAGCAUAAUUGUUGUACUUAUGCAAUUGAA